AUGGAUAACCUGGCCGUUCGACAUGUGCUAUCAACGCGUCACAGUGCGCUCUCAGUUGCGUUGGGAAUGUACAGAACUCGGCGAUCAGCUGUACACCCGGACACUGCACACGUUGGGCAUGCGGGCGUGACGAGGUCUCUGGCGCAUCCUCUUGUCCAUAUGCGUAUCCUACUCCCACACGACAAAAUGAUUAAUCAGAAGAAGAUGACCGAAAAUAAUAACGAAAAGAAAUCGAAUGACAUUCAUAAAAAGGAAAAUGAAACGAAACCACGUGUUAAGAGAUAUUUAACGAAACACAUGAAAUUGUAUCCGGAAUUAUACAGAAGCGAUGUUUCCAUACAUCCAAGUUACACCACUCUUAAAAAAUUUCCUUAUUACGUGGUCUGCCGGCACCGUGUACAGAAGACCAGGAAGCAGAUCAGACGUCAAAUGAACCGCAACAUAAUGCAUUUCGCGAUGAUGCAGAUGUUCGCCAUCGAUAGCGUCAGGAUCGACCGGGUAUUCAGCUUUGGGAUACCACAGGAGACAUUGAUUGUCCCCGAUUUGCUAAGCAAGAACGAGAGACGUCACAUCAACGAACUUCUCCGUGUCAAAUAA